GAUGAAUUAGUCGUUUCGUUACUCUAUGCUUAUGUCCUUUUUAAAAGAAAUAUCAUUCGGAUGCAUAGAGUUUUUCAGACGUACGGUAUCUGCGUACCGUAUUGACAUUUGACACAACAAAUACAUUUCAAAAAGCUAUACAUAUUUGAUACAAAAAUGAGAAAAAUUGAAACAAAAUGGGAGACCGUGACAACAACAACCUGAUACCGUUCUUCGCUGGAAUGUUCGUCGGUGCUGGCAUACUCACCUUGAUUUACAAAUUCUUAUUAUCUGAAAAACCAAAGAAACCGAUGAAAAUGAACCAGCAAAUUAGUGCUCAAUUCAAGUGCACAUGCUCGAAAGAAAAAGAACGCUCCAAGCCGUGUAAACUCCACGGCGGCGGCGGCGCAGACUAAUGCGUGAAUAAGAACUUUUUUCUCUCCCAACAAGAAAAAAGAAGAACACAACGUCAAUGUCAAUUGCUCCGUCAGUGAAAUCAAACAAAGAUGGGUGUCCGCAACAAUAUUACAUAAAUUAUUUUUUCCGUAACAUCGAAAGUCGCACCGGUCACAAGAACAACCGCUAAAAAAAUAUAAACAAGUCAUAUCAAAUUGAAAUUUAAUUAUGUGCGAUUGUUUAGAAGAAAAACAGCGGAAGGAGCGAGAACGUGCACAAAGACUUGCAGCACGUAGGUUCCGUGGUGGACUAUACGGACCAGCAGGCGGUGCGUACGAUGGUGUGGAUGGCGAAGGAGCCUUUGGUCCGGAGGGCGGCUAUGACGAGUAUGGUAACUGGGUUCCACCUCGGGACCCGCCCUCGCGCUUCACUCCCGUGCGGAUCCUGCUUGGAACGGCUGGCCUACUAUUAGCUCUUCUCGCAUUGUUCUUGAAGACCGCCGACACCAGUUCCUCACCAUUUCUCCACAAACUCUGUUUUUCAUAUCUUGCUCCUAAGCAAGACCCAAAUGCAACUUUAGAUAGUGCGGCCCUUGAAGCUAAGCGACAACGCUGCCUAGAGCAAAAGAAAGAAAAAUUGGCUAGAGAAGCUGCUGCUGCUGCUGCAUCUGAUAAAUGCAAAAAUAAAAAAUAAACUAUCGAACCAUCUUUAUAUUUUAAUAAACAACUAAAGCGAACA